AUAUUUGGCGGGGUUUUAUGUGAAUGUUAGCAGUUAGUACUGGUUGGUAUUUGAUGAUUUUGAAGAAACUGAUGGGAACAACAAUGGCGGCUCUUUUGCCAAAUGUGAAGUUUACUUUCUUGCCAAAAGGUCCAUUAUCUUCCAAAUCAAAUAUAAAGAGGGUGAUGGGCUUAAAGCCUGCGUUUUGCUCAGCUGUUCAGCAAGUGGAACAACAGGAGUCGAAGGUUGGAAUUCUAUGUGAACCUUGUAAUGGAACAGGAUGGCUACUUUGUGAUUUCUGCAACGGACAAAAAACUAAUGUGAAGUCCCCAACUAAUAAGAUCUACCGUCGAUGUCCAUCAUGCAAAGCGACUGGAUAUACAUUGUGCUCGAAGUGUAAAGUAUACAAAUGUGUCACAUUUCCAGAUGAGAGUGAUGGUGAACAGCUUUCAUUUUGAGGAUCAAACUCUUUAUGGAAAACUAGCCUGUAGUUGAUGGGAGUAUGGGACCAAAGGUUGAUGAUAAGCUUGGCUAAGGCAGGAUAAUUCCAAGUUCAUGAUUUUUUUUUUUUUUUUUUUUUGCAAAUGAUAUGCUUACCUUUUCGCAUUUUUCUUUUUCUUAUUGACCAGCAAUAUAUUGAAUUGACCAAAUUAGUGUCUCACUUCUGAAUCAGCUGCUCUCAUUUUUCUGCUUUGGUCUAAUGAUGCUUUAGGUCAUUAGGAAGCUGCCAUAAUGAAUGGAUUUUGUUGUUUGUAAGGCUUGUUGGGAUAUUUUAACUGAGAACAUUUUUAUACACAUGUUUGUACAGAAAGUCUCGAUUGUUGAUUGUUUCAUUGACAGUUAAA